AGAAGAACCCAUAAGGAAGGGUCUUCUCCAUCCCUAAAGGGGACAGCGAAGCAAGCUGCAAGAUGGCGAUGAAUAUAGCUGUGGUUCCAGAGGAUUCUCCUGAAAAAUGCACCCGCUACCACUUGCUCACCUGGCUCAAUAAAAUACUGAAAACCAGCUUUAGUCAUGUUGCACAGACCAAUUCAGGUGCAUGUUAUUGUCAGCUCAUGGACUGGCUCUUUCCUGGCUCUGUUGACAUGAGCAAGGUGAAGUUCCAAGCACAAAAUGAAGACGACUUCAAGCAUAACUUCAGUCUCCUUCAGAGAGCUUUCAAUGACUGUAAAAUCACUAAGACUAUUCCAGUUCAAGAGCUGAUAAAGGGGAGUUUCAUAAGUAACUUUGGCUUCUUGAAGUGGUUCAAAGCACUCUUCGACAGAAAUGUGUCAACGGACAACUAUGAUCCUUGUAAAGCUCGGGGCGGCCAGGAUAUCUCCUGUACAACGCCUUUGCUCAGUCCUAAAGCUGGGAGCAAAACUGAUGAAUCAGAUUCAGAUGGGGAUGACCUUAUACUAAAUAGAAAACUGAUAAAUAACGAUGAAACAAAGGAAACAAGGAAGCACAAGAGGGGAGCCAUGAAGCAGGAGAAGGGGACCCGGAAGACUAAGGGCACUGACUUAGAACGCAGGAAUUCAGAUUCAGAGCACUUGCCCUUCAAUGAGGCAACUAUUCGAUUUAUCCGGAAGCACUGUCAUUCUGUCUCUGCUAAUGGCGAUCGGGUGUCGAGUCCCAUUGCACGCUUCACGCUGGGGUCACAGUAUCGUGAAAACAUUAUAUAUAUUUGCCAACAAACCCCUUACUGUGUCUACAUUUACCAAGGUGUGACACUUGGAGAAGACGAUACUAUCUCGGUAGUCCUUGUUGGGUAUUUUGAUGUGAAAGCUUCCAGGCACUGCAUCAAGCUACUGGAUACUCUUCAGUUGUCAGUGAAUGAGGCUGCAGAUCAAACAGGUUCAGCUGUAGUGGAGACCUUGAAGAGAUUUGGGCUCCCGGAAGCUAACCUUGCUUCUUUUUACGUAGACAGUAAUGGUGCAGCCUUAGAGCAGAUCUGCUUCCACCUCAGGGAACUUAACCCAAACACAGUAGCCUUAGGAGGGCUGUAUAAGCUGGCUGAUGCAGCCUGGCAUGCCGGGGUCAUGGAGCUCUCUAAUCAGGCUCAAGAGAUGAUUGUAGACGUCCAUGCCUACUACACCUCCUCUUCCACCAAAAACAACGACUUACAGGCCCUUUUUGCCUGUGAUGACAAUGCAGGGAGUCCAUCCUUUCAACUCAGUACCAGCUGCCUUACCUUUUGUCUGACGGUCAGAAAAAUGCUGGAAAUGUGGACGGAUCUCACUUCAUAUUUUAACUCUUGCAAUGAGGAUGAUGAAAAAGCCAAGUUAAUCUGCUCUCAACUGAAGGAUCCAAAACUCAGGGCAACAUUUAUGUUCUUGGAUCAGGCCAUGAAGCCCCUUCAGGCUUUCCAAAGCCACAUAAAGACACAAAAGGGAGCCGCCCGGGCCGACUUGGUCCACAUCUUCCAAGAGGCCAGCAGCCUGCUGCGUUCAUAUGCAUCCAGCUUCCUUCAGCCGCAGGCUGUUGUGCGUUUCCUCAAGGAGCGCAACACCCAGAUCCUUAAGGACAAAGAGUGCCAGCUGUCAAGAUCUGAGCUCAAUUUCGGAGGGUCCGCCAUAGAAGACUUUCUGAAUGAAUCUCAGUCUGCAGAAGCAUUGCAACCUUUACAGGAUGAACUACUGUCGUUCUAUGUGGCACUCACGUGUAGCAUAGCAGAUGCACUGCCUCUGAGCGAUGGGGUGUUAAAGAGCAUGGCGCAGCUACUGAACCCCCAGAAUAAACUUAAGGUAACAGGCAAAGCAGUCGGAGAGCUGGGAACCAAACUGGGAGUCUGCAGCUCCCCAGAGGAGGUCAAGCAGCUCACCAGUGAGUUCCUGGAGUACCAGCUGGCUGAGGAAGGACAGAAGGAUGAAUUGGAGGGAGUUUCUCUGGAGCAGCACUGGUCCAGCAUGUUGAAGUCUGCAGAGUCAACGUCCAUAUUCAGGAAACUGGUUUUAACCAUGUUAUCCCUACCAUGUCCUCCACUUGAGGCUCAGAGGAUUUUUACCCAGGCAUUUGAGAACGGGGACGCCGUACUUCUAUCUGAGAGCGACGAAGCCAUGACAGAGAGUGAGCAAGAGUCCGUGCUGCAGGCAGAGAUUGUCAUGGACAGCAAUAAGAAAAUCCUGAAGCCGUGUGCAGUCCGUCUGACGAAGAUAAUCAAGCCGGAGUCCGAGGAGAACGCAGGACCUGGAACUGAUGGAGCGCUUGCGAAUCAAGAGGGGACCAUUAGGGGAGGUUGUGGCCGGGAGAACAGCUUGCGUCAGAGACCACGGGCUCGUACAGUAUUUCAGGCUGGUGCCAGCACCUGGAACAAGCCUCUAGAUCUUGAUAAGGACGGCAAAAAUGAGCAGGAAUCCAAAGACGAGACGGUGAAACAGGCGUCACCAACCAACAAGAUCACACGGAGCCCACGGAUGGCGAGACGGGUCCAAGCGUACCAGGAUGGGAAGGGGUUCCUGACAGGAGAGCUGGUGUGGGGGAAGUUGAAGGGCUUCUCCUUGUGGCCCGGGAUGGUCGUGACCUGGAAAACCAAGUCAGCGCCCCCGGGUUUGCGUCGGGUGGAGUGGUUCGGCGAUGGCAUGUUCUCUGAGAUCUACACGGAUGGCCUUUUGCCAUUUAGGGAUUUUUUCAAGAACUUCUGCAAAAAUUCUUAUGCCAGCUUCCCCACCUACAAAGAGGCCAUUUACCAGAUUAUCGAGUUGGCAGCCGAACGCUGUAGGAAGUCUUUUUCGGAGGCAGGAGGAAACAAGGAGAAGGAGUUGAAGGUGAUGCUGGACUGGGCCUUCGAAGGCUUCCUACCCUCAGGACCCGAUGGAUUCAAUCCUCCCGAUAGUAAGUCUGGUGAUAAUUCGGACUCUGGCCUGUCAGACUAUCAGCCCCCAGCGAAAAGGAAACUCCUUCAUAAGCCGAAACCAAAUGCAGUCCAAGUCACUUACAGCAGAGAAUCAAUGAUAAAAAUGGUUCUCGAGAAAGGAAAGGGCAAAACCAUUGAAGAUUUCUGCUUAUCUUGUGGAACACCUGAGACUGAAGUUCCCCACCCACUGUUCCUAGGAAGUCUUUGUCUGAAGUGCAAGGAAAACUUUGCCGAGACCCUGUACAGGUAUGAUGAAGAUGGCUACCAGUCGUAUUGCACGGUGUGUUGCGCCGGCCAGGAGGUCAUUCUCUGUGGCAACGCAAGCUGCUGCAGAUGUUUUUGCAAGGACUGUCUGGAUAUCCUUGUUGGCCCGGGAACCUUUGACAAAAUGAAGGAUAUUGAUCCAUGGAGCUGCUUCAUGUGCCUUCCCUCCCAGUGCAAAGGGAAUCUCAAACUGAGACCUGACUGGAGUGUUAGGGUGCAAGAGUUCUUUGUCAACAACAGUGCAAUGGAAUUUGAGCCCCAUAGAGUCUACCCAUCAAUUCCUGCCCAUCAGCGCAAACCAUUAAAGGUGCUGUCUCUUUUUGAUGGCAUUGCAACAGGGUACCUGGUGCUCAAAGACCUGGGCUUCAAGAUAGAGCGCUACAUUGCUUCGGAGAUUUGCGAUGAUUCAAUUGCGGUUGGCAUGGUCAAGCAUGAAGGAAAGAUAGAACAUGUCAAUGAUGUACGCACAAUCACGAGAAAACAUCUGGCUGAAUGGGGACCAUUCGACCUUCUGAUUGGAGGCAGUCCGUGUAAUGAUUUGUCCAUGGUUAAUCCAGCUCGAAAAGGAUUGUUUGAGGGAACUGGGAGGCUGUUCUUUGAGUUCUACCGUAUGUUGACCAUGAUGAGGCCUCGGGAAGAUGACAACCGUCCAUUCUUCUGGAUGUUUGAGAACGUGGUGUUUAUGAGUGCCAAUGACAAGGCCGAUAUCUGCAGAUUUCUCGAGUGUAAUCCCAUUCUUAUUGAUGCAGUGAAAGUCAGUCCUGCUCACAGAGCUCGCUACUUUUGGGGGAACCUGCCUGGCAUGAACCGACCUCUCGCAACGUCUAUAGAUGACAAAGUGGGCCUACAGGGCUGCUUGGAAUCUGGACGCCUUGCAAAGUUUGAGAAAGUCCGCACCAUCACCACAAAGUCCAACUCCAUUCGACAAGGGAAGAUGGGGCCGCUACCUGUCAGCAUGAAUGGCAAGGAGGACUAUCUCUGGUGUACUGAGAUGGAACAGAUUUUCGGUUUCCCCAAACACUACACAGACGUGAACAACAUGGGUCGGAGCCAAAGGCAGAGAGUCUUGGGUCGUUCCUGGAGCGUCCCGGUCAUCCGUCACCUCUUCGCCCCGCUGAAGGACUAUUUUGAAUGUGAAUCGGGACUCUGA